CCUUCCCACAUGGCAGCACCUGUGACCCUGUAUAAAAAGACGUCCAAUCGUGCCAGUGUGCUCAGUGUCCCUUCGACCUCCUGUUGAGCAACAACGCAGAUAACAUAUCUGAACGAACAACAUGAAGACCCUAGUUUUGCUGUGUCUCUUGGGCGUAGCCUACUGCGCCCCUCAACUCGGGGACCGGGAUGUUGCCAAGGAUGAGGAGUCAAUCGAGCCCUUCGAGUUCAGCAUGGCCGUCAACGACGACGAAAACACAGUCUACACCACCCGUCAGGAAUCCCAGGAUUCCAACGGCGUCGUUCAAGGGGAGUACUCCUGGGUAGCAGCAAACGGCAUCCGUUACAUCGUUACUUAUACUGCUGAUGCCCUCAACGGAUUCCAGUCCCAGAUUCGCGAAGAGCCCACAGACAUCGUAGUGAGAGUCCCCGUUCCUCAGCCAGAGUUCCAGAAACGUCGUUAAAUACCAUUCGUCUCUUCCGAGUCAUCCGUAGGCGUUCGCUUCGUACAGUGUUGACAUUCUGUCUACAUAGACCUUGGCUUCUUCCUUUACUUUAACAAACAUGAGCUCUAUUUAGUACACUAUAUAAGUUAACCUUCUCGUGUGAUUAUUAUGCAUCUUCUUCAUUCACCUCUUGUUUGGAUUUUUGGGCUGGGCAGUUGAACUGAGGGCUACCUACCAUUCAGUCGAUUUUAAUGGGUUUAAAAAAGCGUGUCUUUAGCUACAGUUUUGAAGAUAAGCUCUCUGUCACUAGGUUUGUUUAUAAAACGAUAUUCACUUCUUUGAA